AUGUCAUCCGGUGCGUUGAGAUGCUCUGGCUGUGGGAGUAGUAGUUUUUCCGUCGACGAAGUUUCGGGACGUUAUAUCUGCACAUCUUGUUGGCAGGUCUCGGACUCUUUAAGGGGAAUCACUCACGAUCACAAAUUUGGGGAGACUGCGUACGGUCUUCGGGCUGUCAAUACGUCGAGUAGUGUUCCACAAAGGGAUGAUCUCAUGUACUGUUCUGUCCCUUCAGAAGGGCAGAUCAAAGAUGCUUCUCAAGCGUUUGAUGACUUUGUACCAGCCUCACCUAUCACGAAACGCCGACGCAAGGAACGUGAAGGUGACACUGCUGAUCAUGCAGCAACAGUGAUGUCUACUAAAGGAGCCCCCAAAGAGACGCAUAAGAAGCGAAGUCGCUUGCGCAGUUGGCGUAUGAGUGAAGCGUUUACUCUUUUACUCCAUCACCAAAUGACGGUUUUUACGCGUGCCUAUCUGACACCCGAACCGACUUCAUUUCCGGGCGUUGUUGAUCGAUUUAACUCGAUUGCUAACACCCUGUGGACUAACUACUUGGGUGCCACGGGUGAGUUGGGUGGAGAUAUGUGGGCCUUGUCGUUCCGUCGAACGCUGAAAGCCUUGGAGUCGAUUUUUGAGUCCCGAAAAAACUACUUGCGGCACUGCAAUGCUGAGGGGAGGAGUGCAUAUAAUCAGGCGCUUCCUCGCGUGGGUAGGAAGGGUGAAAAGGACAGCCGUUGGUUAACACGUUUCCUCGAGUCCAAAUUAGGCUUCGGAUUCUGUUGGAUCGGAUGGGGCUCUCUCUACUGUCCGAACGAAACCGAAAGCGCCAAUAACCCUUUCUUUCUCUUCGAAACGAAUUGUGAUCAUGAAAAUCAGUCUUCGGUGAGUUGCGCAGACGAUGAUGACUGUGAAUCCUCUAUAACAUUGGGUUCGAGUGAUUCGGAGUCCGUGGAUGAGACGCCGCCCCAAAAACGUCCAAGACGGCUGGUUCCGUCACCGCAGUCGCUGUCAGCACAGCAUCUUCCGGAGGAGCAAGCCGGACUGUCGAGCAAUGUGCAAAGCCUCUUGGAAAUGUGGAAGCAGAUGCUCGUGGAAAACCUGAUAAAAAGGCAACCUAAGAAAGAUAUGUUUUGGCAUGGAAAGUUGGGUAAACACAGGACGAAUUGGUUGCUCGAAUACAACCUGGGUGUUCUAUUCCUCGCAGCCUUCCUCACCUUGACUGCUGUAAACACGAGGAAGGUCGCAAUCUGUCAGCAUGACUUCUUCACUUUGCAUGAUCUAUCGUGUCUCUGUCAAGACAGGGAUAAAUUCCCCUAUUUACUGGCAGAUCGGUGGGUGUCAAACCACUUUGCUUCGUUCAAUACCAGUAUGCCAGGAAUCUUUAAAAGACCCCUAAUUCCGGACCCCCUCAUUCUCACUCGCGUCAUUAUUCAUCUAAUCAAUAUGCUCGGCAUCACCGAACGACCGAGACUUCCAUUGUGCUCACUUGUGCAUCGUUUGCUGCGACAAAUGUCUUUCCCUCCUGAGGCGCACCAAAUGGCAGAUUCUCUGGUUGCAAAGUUGGCUCGGUGUGUGAAGGACAAUGUUGGUGAGAAAAGGGUGGGAAUGCACUACUUCCUUCCUCUUCAUCGCUACCUCCGUGGGGAAGUUUUUGCCAUGGCCAUAGUUGCCAUAACUGGACGUCUGCUCUUCAAGUUGGAUGGUGACUUUGAGCAUCGCUGGAGCAAAGUGGCGCGUUUUCUCACCCAGCAUCCGGAAAAGGCUGCACUUCUCAAGGAGGUGCUCAAUGAUGAGGAUGCAAAAGCAGAGACGAGAGGUCUUACUGUGCACUUUGAUUGGUCUAGUUGGAUGUGCGGGCUUCCUAGCGACUCCCCGAGCCUUCGCAGACCGCGUUCGCGCUUCCGCACUGGCAGCGCGCCCCUCAAUACAGUGCUGACCCACUCCCAAUUGAAAGAAACAAAACUCAGCUUGACCGAUUGUCUCACGCAGUUGAUUGGCCACUCCUGUUUUGCAACUAAUGGUGAUAAUGCUGGAACGUCUCGACAGGAUGCGAAAGUCCAGUCAAUUCCCUGCAAGUCGUGCGUCCACACCAUAAAUCACACAAUUUUCCGGAGAGCCACUAAUCAGGCGGUAAACGACAAGUGGGUCGAUCAGAACUGCGAUGCUCUUGUACGCGCUCAUCGAUUUAUUCGACAGAGGAAUAUACCAGCCUCGGAACUAUUGAAUAAGAUACACCCGUUCACCUCGAAACCGGACGAUAUCUACACGGCGUGGCUGCAUGUCCUGGAGAAUUUUGAUUCGUACAACCCUAUCAGCGGGGCUGACUUCCCCACAGAUUUAGAGAAGGCCUCGUCUUCAAACAUAUUUCCACCCCUAGUGAUGGACUUCAUUGGGGACCACGAGAAACGGGUAUUUGACUUCUUCUCGGGAAACAGGGUUGACCCUAGCUCCGGUACUAAUGGAUCUGCCGUCCCCUUGAAGUCUGGUAAAAAGGCUGGCAACCUGGCCAAGGCGUCCCUCCAUUGGUUCCUCAAAUCGGCUAGUACGAUGUGUGGAGCGAGAUUGUCACAACUUUUAAGAGAGAUCGAGUGCAUUGAACACCUCCUUGGAUGUUGGCCUGGCGAAGAGCUAAGCGUUCUAACAAAGUUACGGAACCUAGCCCUUGCCUUCCACUUUGACUAUUCUGUACCCGAGUAA